UCAACUUAUAUGGAAAGUUCUGCCUUUUGAAGAUAUUCAUAAUUUGACAGGAGAUUCUCUGAUGUCAGGAGCCAUGAAGGUUCCUUCACUGACUCCUUUGAAAAACCACAGAUCCACGCACUAACUUUGAAAAAUGUCCAGUCCAGCUGCGCGCGGUGAGACUACAACGAACCACAAUAUUAGAUUGAAACUAGAGUCCUAGUCUGGACAGAUCUGGACAGAUGCAGAUGUUUUGAUGAGAUGUUCUUUAAAGCACUCAGGCUCCCAGAGCAGAGACAGAAAGUGAAAAUUACCUGGGAACAAUUUCCUCGAAGAUUAUGUUUCAUCUAAUGUAUGCUCUUAUUACUGUCAGCGGAUCAGAGUGUACUCUGAGAUUGUGAAGAUCAAAUUAAUUUUGAAGAGAAUGAGGAAAUGUAGUGUAAGCUUUGGGACAUUUACGCACAGAUAGUUAAUUAUUCUCGUGCCACACGUGUGUGCGUAAAGUGGAAGUCUGAGCGCGCACAAAGGCGGAACAUCACAUCACUGCGGGAGCAGCUGUUACCAGAUGCGUUAUUCGGAGUAGGAGUCAGGGCUAUGGACGGUUCAUCGAUUGAUUUCACUGGAACCAUUUUUCAUCCAGCUUCCACGGUGGUCCACUAUGGUCUCGUCCACGAUUCCUGAAUGAAUUCUAACUGAAAAUGAUCACAUUUUUGCUUCUUUUGUUUCUGCGGAACGUCAUUUAGAUCUAAUAAGGAUUCAUUGUCACUGAUGCUUCGCUCGAUUAUGGCUCUUUUUUGGGUCCAGUAAGAGAAGCUCACAGCGUCAGACGCGUCUGCGGCGGUGAAGACCCGUGGAGGGACUGGAGAACUCGCGGCGCGCAGGAGAAGGUCUCUCCCUCUCUUCAGAUCGGAGCUAUUACAACAGAAAACGGAGCGCCAUGGUGAACUCGCUCAUACUGCUGCUCAGCUGGACGAUGAUCUCCGGGGUUGCGAGAGCUCAGAAUGAUACGGAGCCGAUCGUCCUGGAGGGAAAAUGCCUGGUGGUGUGCGACUCCAACCCGGCCACGGACUGGAGGUCCUCGUCCUCUCCGCUCGGCAUCUCCGUGCGCGCCGCCAACUCCAAGGUGGCUUUUUCUGCAGUCCGGAGCAACAAUCAUGAGCCGUCAGAAAUGAGCAACAAAACAAGAAUAAUCUACUUCGAUCAGGUGCUUGUGAAUAUAGGAAACUACUUCACAUUUGAGUCUGUCUUUCUGUCCCCAAGAAAAGGAGUCUACAGUUUUAACUUCCACGUCAUCAAAGUGUACCAGAGCCAAACUAUACAGGUUAACUUGAUGCUAAACGGAAAACCAGUCAUCUCUGCCUUUGCAGGCGACAAAGAUGUGACUCGUGAAGCUGCCACCAAUGGAGUUCUACUUUACCUUGAAAAAGAGGACAAAGUUUAUCUGAAGCUGGAAAAGGGAAAUCUAGUGGGCGGAUGGCAAUAUUCAACGUUCUCUGGCUUCCUCGUUUUCCCUCUGUAGAAGAAAAUAAAAAGCAAGGAAAAAGAAAGGACAAUUGUAAGUCUACAGACUUCUUCAUAAUGUGUUGUCACAGUAUAAUCAAAACAUUGCUGCUUCAUCUGCUGGAUUCAGCCAGACUGAGAAAUGACAUGAAUAAAUACAUCACUACAUGGAAAGGAAAUGACUUUGGAAAAUGCUCAGAUUCUGGGGAGAAGUCAGGUUUGGAUCAAAAAGACUUGAAAUAUUCCUAAUCGCUACCAUCUGUUUCUGUCACUCAAGCAGCCCCAGAGAAGAGCACUUGUAAAAGACACUGUUCAAACUUUGAUUUGAUGAAAUAUGCUUAGGAUGCUGUGAUUUUAUUUUGUUUUUGUGCCACGAUUAUGGAGUUUAGUUUCAUCUGCUUUUGUUGGUGUAAACUGUAUUUGCCUUUGUUGGCUGUAUCAACUACCAUGACCAAUGUAUACAUAUGAGAACAUGAGUGCAAGGAAUCUUAACCAGACCAGUAACACAAAAUACUCGGUUUCUGAGUUUGUUGGAGCAGUAACUUAUUUUAGAAUCCGUCCAAGACAUAAAUGAACUAAGCCACUUCUUAGCAUGCCAACAGAGGCUUAAGUUUUCUAAAUGCCUACUUUUAUAAAUUUCUAUUACUCCCUUCAAUUUCAGUGUUGUAGGAAGAAAUGCUGCGAUGCAUGAAAAGGAUCCAGAAUCUCCUUCCCACCCUUGAACACAGAAGCAGACAGAAUUUCAUGAGCUAUCGCUCAGCUAGCGCGCUAUUGAUUUUUCAUAUAUGUCAAAAGGUUCCAUAGCAUGAGCGGUGUAGCUUUUACACACCGCGUACACUACAUGUGUACCACAUCAACGGUGUUUUUGCAACUGCUACUCAUUAUUGCAUCAGUGGCACAACAAUUACUAACCGUUUCACAUUCAACACUAUGUAGACAAUCUGUCUGCGCUAAUGAAGAAUCACUCACCUCAAGCUGCCAGAUACUUGAAACUUAAGAAACUGACAACUUGUACUUUAUGACUGACAGAUAUCUGAGUUGACCAGAUAAGAAUGUAGUGUAGGGCAAAUACUGAUCUCAUCCAAGGAUCAGUAUUUGAGGACUUUACUGGGGAAUGUAAAUCCAAAUUAUUUGUGGAAAAUAGUUAAAAAUACUUAAAAUAUUCAAAUGAAAUGCAACUUUGGAAGCUGAAAUACUUGUGGGAAAUGCUACCUAACAUGAUAUUGCAUUGUAUUUGGAAACCAGCCAAUCCAAGAGUGCCAUUCAUUUUCCUGGUUUUGAUUGGCUGUACCCCCAGUAGUGAAGAAAGACCAUAGAUGUUUGCUCCUGCUUCCCAAGACUGUUUCCUCUGUGCGCAUUAAUACAUAUUAAAUGCUGUGUUUGAACUAUCAGAGGGGUCACUAAGUAUUUGCAGAUUCAUGAGUUGUUGUGGUCCCUGACUUCUGGAAAAUGGAGUUUAGAUCUGUGAUAUGUCAGGUCGAGCUUUACAUCUAAGCCAUACUUACAGAUACCAGCGGGCCUCUGCAGUUCUACAAAUGCUAAGGAACAUCUUCAUAGUUUGAUCAUAGUCUUAAGUACAUGACAUGAGUUCAGUCAGCUCUGCUGCUUGGGUCACACUUUAGGUACAUUGUAACUUUACAGGACUACAAAUUAAUUUCUUCAUAUAAUCAAUCACCAAUUUGUCUUAAAGUCGACCAAAACUGACAGGCCAUUAUAUUCAGAAAACCAAGUCAAAACAAAAUGAACAGCAACUUUAAUGAAUGCUAUAUUUAACAUUAUAAAUUCCUGGAACAAAAACAAAUAAGUCUUACCAAGUGCUAGUUGCUUUAUUAUAUAAUGUGAAGUGAAUAAUUUGUCAAGCAUAACAUUAUGUUGUACUGUCUAUUUUAAGAAAUGAUUUAUUUGCUUAUAAGUGACAAGUUUUGUUAAAAUAUAAAUGUUAGGGCAUGGGCUGCUGUUUCUAACAGAGAUUCCAAAUCCACUUUUGGCAUUGAUUUAAAUUUGACUAGACUUCCAGAGGGAAGAGAAAGGAUUCUAAAAUAAAUAAUUUAUUAUAAGGUGCUCAGAAAUCUCAUGUUUGAACAUUUUGCUGAGUCAUAUUAAAAAUUUGUGAUAUGUGUGACCUUAAGAACCAUAAAAUUAUUACAGCUGAGAAAACAAACAUUGACUACAAGGCAGAAGACAAGUAAAAUAACCACAAACAUCAUAUGUAAUAUUCCAUCCAUAUCCCUCUCCCUGUCCAUCAAUCUGGUGUUAUCCUGAUUGAGCAGGUCUGUAAUUAAGGUCAGCUGCCGUGUAAUCCAGUUGGCAAGUGAGGCAGGCGCCUAUUUUUCCACAUUCCUGGCAUCGUAAUCUAGCUCUGGGGAUGACUUAAUUUCCAAUAAAACUUGCUUAUUAUAACUUUAAGUGUGCAAACAGCAUCUCUUUUUGCACAAUCAGCUUGUGGUUCAUGAGCCUCACAGCUGAAAAGGCAGGUGAACAUGCAUUUCACUUGUAAAUUCUUGCAGCAGCCUAAGUAUAACAAAACUUCUGUUGAAUUUAAACAUUUAAAUGUUGCUACUCAGCUCAGCGUGCGAUGGCUUCUCUGCAAACGUAGAAGCAAAUUUACUCCUUUUGUAAACUAUGGAAGUCACGAUUAGCAUUGUUUCAACCAGAAAACAAUCUCUCAUGUGAAAUGCUGUCUUACACUAAUUAAAAUAAUGGUUCUUAGUUCUUGUGCAUUGUUCCUUUAUUUUCUUGUUUUUGAAUGAUGAACUAUCCUAAAUAUCACAAUCAUUCUGUAAGAAGCUAUAAAACACGGUGACGGACUGUAAGGUAAGAGGUGAUAUUUAUCAUCCUGAUAGUUUACAGUGACACACAUCAGAAACUGUUGGAGAAAAUAAGACAGGUUUUAACAGCAAAUCCAGAAUAUUCUCUGAUAAAGUUCUGUCCCAAAAGGUUCUUUCCAAAGAACAAAACAUUAAAGCAUUUAUCAAACUCCUCAGUAGAGCUUCAUGUUGGUUUGCUGAUUUUAAUUGUCACAGAAUUGAAACAAAUGAAAUGUGUAUCAGCUCAGUUACAUUUGGGGGUGAAAUUCCUUGCUAAUGGUUCACAGUGCUGCUAAAACUCCUGUGGCUUCAGUGGGUGAUUAUUUUAAUAUUUAUACAAAUUAUUUUUUUCAGUAAAUGUUUAAUUGUAUACAUCAGUGUACUCAUGUAUUAAAGAAUAAUAACAUUGAAUGAUGAAUAAACAUUGUUUUUUUUAAAUGGAUUCAGAUCUUGUUCAGCUUAAAUUGCCUGGAAAAACAUUUACACAGUGGACAGUUUUUUAUUUGAAAUCCACAAGCUUUUUUAUUUCUUUGGAACUUUAUGUGCUCUACCAACACAAACAAAUACAAGGUAAAAGGAAUAUUAAAACACAUCCAAAAACAUGUGGCACAACUUCACCUGCCCUCCUUUACCUCAGAUUAAAUCCAGUGCAACACCAAGCACUGUGCCUCUCCUCUUCACAGUUCAGUAUUUGUAGAUUCACCUACCUGCAGAUUUUUCUGUGGAUCAUAACUUAAAAUUUUUUCCCAGAAAAUCUGAAAGAAGAUGCAGCUUGUGAAGCUGAAAGCGCCAUUGUGAAGUGCCAUUCAUGUUCCCUGCUGCUGAUUGGCUAUCAGCUCAUGUUGCCAUGAUUGCAGAAUCAAAGAGGCGUGGCUUUCAACUCAGAGGGGAUUUUCCUCUGCGAUGUUACAACCAGGGAUGUUGCAAUCUUCACACAUGCUGUCCAAAUGCAUUUAGUGCUUUAAAUCCAAGAAAACGUUGUUGUUAAACUUCCUCAGCAUCUUACUAAAUGCUUUUCUUUAUUUUAUUUUUUUUCUGUUUUGGUGUCUGAAUCGCUUUAGGUAUUGCUUGUCUAAACCAGAUAGUGCAGUACUCGGUUUGACAUGAUAUGUACACAUGAAUAUGUCACAAUGUUCUCUUUUUAUUUUUUCUGUAUGGAACGUAUGAUUCCAUUGUGCAAAUAUAGCAGCUUAUGUUGUCU